UAUCAAAUGCAUAGAAUUUGACGAGUUAAUUUCUUUUUAAAGUUUCAUAUAACAUAAAAAUUAAUAAAUUGUUUUUUUAAUAUUACCCUAAUUUAUUAUUUACUUAAUUUAAUUAAUUUAAAUAAACUCAUAACAUUGUUAAAUUUGAUUUAUUUAAUUUGAGGAUUUUUUUAAUUUAGCAUAAUGUGGUUCGAAUGGAAAAUUGAUUUUGAAGGUCAAAAACAGGCUGAAUUAAUUUCUCAAGUGGGAAUCAUAUUAUUUGCGGCUAUUGGAUUUAUUGCGGGAUUCUUACUACAAAAUCUUAUCUUGGCUUUUCAAAUCUUUGGCGGUGGAAUUUUUCUUACAUCCUUAUUUGUGCUUCCACCUUGGUCAUUUUAUAAUCAACAUCCAGUUCAAUGGCUUCCUCCAAUUCAAAUUGAAAAGGAUAAACCUGAACAAGAAGAAG